CUGGACGCUGGUUUCCUAUUUGGAGGUUUCAUUUUGGCAAAGAGAAUCAUGAAUAUCACAACACUAUUCAGGAGGUUAAAUCUCAGAAAUUUGGUAUCAAGUCCAUCUCUCUACAGUUGUGGCAAGGAUGCAUCCGGAGAGGGACUGAGCUUAGUACUAAGGCGUUGGGCUACCAAGAAGACAGCAGGAUCCACAAAAAAUGGACGUGACUCAAAACCUAAGAAUCUCGGGGUGAAGAAAUUUGGCGGAGAGAGGGUGAUUCCAGGGAAUAUCAUUGUUCGCCAAAGAGGAACCAGAUUCCAUCCGGGGGAUUAUGUUGGAAUUGGCAAAGACCACACAUUGUUCACAUUGAAAGAAGGGUGUGUCAAGUUUGAGCGAAACAAGCUGACUGGACGCAAGUGGGUCUAUGUGUUGCCUAAAGACGGGCAUGUGCUUCACCCCAUAUACUCAUCCAUGGCUUCACCUCCCGAGCUAAAGAACGCGUGCAGUGCCAGUUCAUCAUUUUGAAUUCUUAUUCCAUUUGUCACAUUCUUGUCCAUUGUUCUUUUUGAC